AUGACCAAACUGAUAACCGAGACUCCAGACCAUCCAAUCCCAUUUCUCAUUGAUCACCUGCAGACCAAGCAAGACAGCCCAGGCAAGCUGCACAGAGCGCUCUCUGGUUCAGCCGCUCUGUGGGCACAGAGUUCGCCAGAAAACAAAAACACUCGAAGGGAGUACAGCAACUUUGAAAAGCCAUGGCAGAUUCACCCAAAGAAACCGAAGAAAUCCAAGAGUGACCUGGCUGUUUCAAGUAUCUCCCCACCUUCUCCAGAAUCCAAGUCCUUGCCACGGUCAAUCGAAUAUCCCUCCUGGGACUGGAGGGAGAGCCGGGAUUUUGAUGAGCUCAACCACAUUUUGCAGGAGAGCAAGAAACUUGGCAAGGCUCUGGAGAGCCUGUCACGCAGCAUUGCCAUCUCCGAUGACCUGGACCAGAACUUUGGGGGAUACAACUCUGUCCUGCGCCCCCGGGUGGUGGGGGAGUGGGUCGGCCGGGAGGAGGUCGAUGCAGAUCCACUGGCUGCUGAGAUGCUGCACCCACCUGUCCCCCGGACCAAAACGGAGGUGUGCUGGAGCGGAGACAACAGCCCCGCUCGGAGCCUGAAGAUGGAUACAAAGAGCAAAGGGCUAAAGGAACAGCAGCAGCAUCACAAGAAGCUCCUGGCGGCCAUGUUGUCUCAAGACUCCUUUGAUUCGUUCAACAGCCCCAGCCCCUCUGUUGUGGAAGAAGAGAUUGAGGACGAGGACGAUGCUAUGGAGCUCCUGGGUAAUGACACAAGCCGAUGCUGCAUAAGCUCAAACAGAGGUGGUUUCAUGCUGAGCUGCUCCUGA